AAUUUAUUUUGUUGUAAAUUAUUACUGUUACAAAUCACAAUGGACAAACGAGUGACGUAUUGUACGGACUUGGAGAAGUCGGUCAUAAUAAGCAACUUUGAGCGGCGCGGCUGGAUACAAGUGGGGCCGGAGGACGAGUGGAACUUCUAUUGGUCUUUUACGCAAAAUUGUCGGAACAUCUUCAGCAUCGAAAAUGGAUACAGAAUGAACGACAAUCAAAUCAUUAAUCAUUUUCCUAAUCACUACGAAAUUUCACGUAAGGAUUUAUUAGUGAAAAAUAUAAAAAGGUACCGCAAGGAACUAGAAAAAGAAGGAAAUCCUUUGGCGGAGAAAAUGGAAGUCGUUCUACCGAGCGGCCAAGUUGCGACACGCUAUGUUCAUUUAGACAUAAUUCCAGUAACUUACGUUCUACCUGCAGAUUAUAACAUGUUCGUGGAAGAGUAUAGAAAGUCGCCCCAGAGCACGUGGAUCAUGAAGCCCUGCGGCAAGUCUCAAGGCACUGGAAUAUUUCUAAUAAACAAACUUUCAAAACUGAAGAAAUGGUCUCGAGAGGCGAAAAUUCCUUUUCAUCCUCAACUCAGUAGUAAAGAAAGUUACGUAAUAUCGCGAUACAUCGACAACCCGCUUUUGAUCGGCGGCAAGAAGUUCGAUUUGAGACUGUACUUGUUGGUGACUUCGUUCCGACCGCUAAAAGCGUAUUUGUUCAAGCACGGUUUCUGUAGAUUUUGCACAGUCAAAUACGAUACAAGCGUAACGGAGUUGGAUAAUAUGUAUGUGCAUUUGACAAAUGUGAGUGUGCAGAGACACGGCGUGGAAUAUAACAGCUUGCACGGCGGGAAAAUGAGCGUUCAAAAUUUUCGUUUAUAUUUGGAAGGUACGCGCGGCAGGUCGGUAACUGAGAAACUGUUUGCGGAUAUGCAUUGGCUGAUAGUUCACUCGUUGAAAGCCGUAGCACCAGUUAUGGCGAAUGACCGUCAUUGUUUUGAAUGUUAUGGAUAUGAUAUUAUCAUCGAUAAUACGCUUAAGCCUUGGCUCGUGGAAGUGAACGCGUCACCCUCGCUGCAGUCGACCACUCAUAACGAUCGAAUAUUGAAAUAUAAACUGAUCGACAACAUUAUUUCAGUGGUCGUUCCGCCAGAUGGUAUUCCUGACGCAAGAUGGAAUAAAAUACCAUCCGCUGAAGCUUUAGGGGACUUCGAAGUGUUGAUAGACGAAGAAUUAAUGGAUAAAGAAGAAAACGGUUGUCGACCAUACAAAAAUUCUCGUUAUAGAUAA